UCUCUCUCUCUAAAUAAAAUCACUCUCUCUCUAUCUCUCAUAACAUAAGCGUGCUGGCAAGCUUUGAGUAGACGCUGCGCCACUCCUCCUCCUUCCCCACAUCAAAUGAGUGCUCUUGUUUCAACUCUUUUAGCUAUUCAUCCCAACUCUCUGUGAAUGACUGAAUCCAUAACUCCUCCUCAUUUGUCUCUUUCCUUCAAAUCAUCAUUGUGUUUGUCUCUCUCUCUGCAGCUUUUGGCUCUCUUCAACCAGACAAUAAAGUUCUCCUUCCUUGAUUUCUCUUUUUUCUCUAUAUAAAUCGAUCAUGGUGGAGAGGUGUGGUUACCGAAGGGAGACUGAAAUCUCGCAUUUCAAUUCCUCCAAUUCGAAUUCCAAUUCGAAUUAUUCGUCGUUUUCCUCGAGCUUGCUUGAUGCGAUCUAUCGAUCGAUUGACCAAGGAGACGAGGAGAUGGUGAUUUACGGUGAAGGAAUGAGGAAGAAGAGCUGCGAGGGCGCUAACGUGCGCCGCGGAGUGUUUAGGAGUGACGAGGAGAUGGCGAAUUUCCAGCGCGCUUGCAUGAUCGAGAAAUGGAUGGAGAAGAAGGUGAGCGAGAAGGCGGUCGGGAGGAGGAAUUCCGUUGCUGAUUUCCAGGUGAAGAAGCCGCGGAAGGAUCGGGUGAGUUCGAGCUGGAGCUCCUCCGAUUCCAGCGCUGCCGCCGGAUUCUUCUCUUCCUCCGAGGCGGAGUCGUUCCAGGUGCAGCGGCCGAAGCCGAUCCGGACGGGGUUCGAGAAGGGGGAAAUCGGCGGAAAUCGCUCCGGAUCGGAGCAGAAAUCGAAAAUUGAAGGCGGAUUCUCGAAGACGAAGCUGCGUGCGCUGAAAAUCUACGGCGAUUUGAAGAAGGUGAAGCAGCCGAUCUCCCCCGGGGGCAAACUCGCCGGAUUCCUGAACUCGCUCUUCGCCGGCGGAAACAUGAAGAAGAGCAAAAUCGGCGGCGACGUGUCGCCGUCGCUGAAAUCCACAAACGCAUCGACGUGCUCCUCCGCUUCGUCGUUCUCCCGAUCCUGCCUCAGCAAAACGCCGUCGUCUAGAGGCAACCACUCCACCGGCGCGAAGAGAUCCGUGAGAUUCUCUCCGGUCAGCGUCAUCGUCGACGACGAUCGCCGCCACAAAUCACUACAAUCAGAAAUCAACAACAAAUCAUCAUCGAAUCGCGACGUUUCCACGAAGAAUCACAACAACAUGAACAGCAUCAGAAGCGUGAUCAACGAAGAGCUCAUGGCGCACGUCAUGGACCAAAACCGCCGCGUCGAGGAGGUGGCGAGGGAUCUGCUGAGGAAUUACCAGAGGAAAAAUCAAAAUCCUCACGUCAAACACGAGGUUUUCGAUCGAGAUUUCGAUGAAGACGAAGACGAGGAGGAUGCAGCGAGCUACGCGAGCUCGGAUUUGUUCGAGCUCGACAAUCUGUCGGCGAUCGGAAUGGAGAGAUACGGCGAAGAACUGCCGGUUUACGAGACGACGCGGUUUGAUUCCACCGGCAAUGGAUUAAUCUACUGAGAUAAAUUAAUGGUUAAUUAAUUAAGACUUAAGAGUAUUUUGUAAUUUUAUUUUGAAUUAGCAUGUUUUUAUUGGUUUGGGGGUUUACAUGAAGAGAAAUGAAAUUUCUCUCUUAGUAUAUCUGACUGUAAUCAAUUUAAUUUUGUGCAUUAUAGUGUGUUUCUUUGGUAGUGGUAAAUAAAAUAUGUGAAUUUAUCUUGAA